AUGUCACGUUCUCAACGUCAAAAUCCUUAUAAAUUGAAAAUCAUGGAUAUGAAACCUUACAAUUGGCUACGCGAAGCACAAAUAUACAACAAGAAAAACACGAAAAUAUCCUUAGAAUGGCUGACAGAGAAUGCAGACGUUAUCGCCCUCCUCUUCACAUCCAACGGGGUAGACAAGGACGGUGUCGUCGAGAAAUUCUAUACAAUAUAUGAAAACGUGAAGUUCAUUAAUAUGGCAAUAGAAGUGAUUUAUGUACCAAUGGAUGAAAAUGAGGAAGAUAUGCUGAGCUGUUACGAAGGACAGGCGAAUUGGUUUACGCUUAAGAUUGAUGAUCCGCUAAUAAACGUACUGAAGCAUAUGUAUGGUAUAACAUGUAUGCCAUACAUCAUAGUGAUCAAACCGAACGGCACCAUUGUGUCGACAACUGGUAUUCAGGAUUUGGAGGAGUAUGGGAAGAAUGCUCUGAUAACGUGGCUGUCCAUGUCGAAACCUGUGACGAAGGAGAGGAAACUCAGCCGCGAGGCCUCGGUAUAUGGAGAUAAGUGGAUGUAUGUGGGAAGCGAUGAAGCAAAGAAGAGACAAGAGUAUCAUAGAAGAUUUAGCGUUGUUGAGGAGUCUUCUUAG